AUGUCAUACGAACCUAGUCUCAACCCACUCUCCGUCCGCUGCGAUCGCCAGAUCCCGACAUGUGGCAAGUGUGCUGAUCUAGGUACCGAUUGCGUCUAUCCAGAGCGUCAGGUACGACAAGUGAAUAAAAGAGUCGCCGGCCAUGGAGCGACAGAUGACACUUUGAACGCUAUUCUCCGACGACUGGAGCAGAUCGAAAAGAGUGCAGGGUCACCAUCCACAACAUCGCCCCAGAGUGGCACCCCUGCCAGUCUUGAAACGACGCAUCUCCAGUCUGGGACACAGUCUUCGAGGUUAUCACCGUUUGUCAUCUCCAGGGACCAACCCGUUGUUGUAGCAUCUGACGCUUCUCAUGAUAAGCACUCAAAAACCAAGAAUGUGCUGGCGACAUCACCCCAUGAAUCUGAGAGAGGUCCUCACGCAGUUUUACAAGAAGCGCUAAGACGAGUACAAGACCUCAAUCUCCAGGCCCUAUCUGUCGAGACAGUUACAGCCACUAUCGACGUACCACCUGAGCUUGCCAAAACCUGGAUACAGCGGUACUUUGAGGUGAUGCCCACUGACAUCUUCCUUAGUCUCGUUGACCGCAGGGUUAUUGAACUACUGCCAGAUAUGAUAGGCUUACCGCAUAUUCGCUUAGACCCAGCUAUUCUUGUGGUAUACUACUACAUAUUACGUAUGGGCUGCACAAUACCUGUUAUAGAUCAAGAACAAAAUGUUCACUUCACUGGAAUACAUUAUGCUAGAAGCAUGUACAUCUGCUGUCUCCGCGCCAUACCGAAUUGGCAGCGAGAGGCUGUAGGAUCCACAACAGAUCUUGUCGCUGCUACUAUGCUGGUAGGCAUUCCCAUUUCGCUUCAUUUAUCCUACUUCUCAUCAGACUUGCAGACACAAGCAGCAUCAGAUGCACUAGAUCCACAAUUAAGUGCCCAACUGUUUCAACUUGCCAGCAAGUACGCAAUAGGUCUAGAUCUGCAUAACACAGACAGCCCGAACUAUCCAUCAGGCUUUGGACAAGACAACAUCGACGAAGUCCGUCGAGGAUUCUGGGAGCUUAUGCAUUACGAGUUCUUUCAUCGACUGGUAUACGACGACCCUCCCACCAUGACGGCUCAGAUGAAGCAAUGGAUAGUGUCCUUACCCUGGCUGGAGUCCUGUAAGCGACCUGUCUCGCAAGAGGUGCCGACUAUCCGGUUUAUCUUCAAGUCGCGUCUUACUUUCAUCAUGGCCGAAUUCUUCAUGCUACUGGAGAGUAUCAGUGGGCGUCUUGAAAGCGAAUCGUUUACUCAAGUCCUUGCACUAUGCCAGCAAAUCUAUGAUCUCUACAAGGAUUGGGAUAUCGACACCUGGAAAACAAGUUCAAAAGAAGACAAGCUGCAUUCCUGGAUGCUUGCCGAUUUAACAAUCGCUGGCUAUACAUGCAUAGUCUUCAUGCUCCACAAGGCAUCGUUUACCACUGUCGAGUUGCCACAGGAAAUAUCACAACUCCCCAUAGCUCUGAAUGCUUCUAGACAGGUGCUCAAGGCUGGAAAUGAACUACUAAAGCAGUGUCCGUAUGCCGUGACUUUAUACUAUCUGUUUGGUACCUAUCAUAUUGACACCGCUUACGCCUGUCUUAUCUCCAGCGUAAUGAGUUUACCUGAAUCUCAUGCGGCUCAAGAAGACUUUAAAUUGCUACAAGGCUUCACACGGGACUUUUCAAACCUGGUAGUGAAAGACUCAUCUUUCCGGCCUCUCUUGGCUACCUUGAGAACAAUCAAUAGUAGUGUUUAUGCAAAGACAGACUAG